AUGUCAGCAAUUUAAGUUUGGCUAGCCCUAGCGGAUUGGGUUAUAGUUGACUCAAGUUUUUUGUAAGGGUUCACAUCUUAUAGCAACUGGUAAAUUUCUAAAUAAUGCAACACUUAUGAAAGUGGUGCAUCACAUGAAUCUUAUACUUGCAAUCAAAAUUCAAUAAAAUAUGCGCGUCUUAAAAAAGAUAAUGCAAGAAUUGCUAAGGAGUUUGAGACAAAAAGUUACCGAUAGGAAGUAAUAGUUGAUAUAUUUUUUAAUAACGAUGCAAGUUUUCCAUCUGACAAAAGAGCUUACUUCUCAUUGAACAUAACUAGAAGUUCAAAUAAUAUUUUGCAAUAAAGUAACUAUUUAAGCUCUUAAUUAACUUAAAAUUCAAAUAUAAUUUGUAAUAGUUCUGGAACAUAAUAUUUUAAUUUUUAAACUGUAGUAGGUACAUCGACUGAAUCUUAUAAUGAAAAAUUUAGUAUAUCAAUAGGUAUAUAAUCAGAAGAUGACAAAUAACAUCUUGGUAUUCGAAAUUUGUUUGUCUACGCCAAAUAUUGUUUACCAUUUUGUAAAACUUGUUCAAGUUCAACUAGCUGUCUAACAUGUUAUCAUGGUACUCUAACAGGGGGAUCUUGUAGUUGUGACCCUUCUAAUUAAUUUGCUUAAACUGGGAUUGGAUGUAGAUAAGAAUGUGCAAGAGAUUAUUUUAUAGCAAGAUCAGAUAAUAUUUGUGUCCCAGAUAGGAGAAUUAAAUCAUAUGUUAUAUAUUUUGAAUCUACAACUUUCAGUGCUUAUACUCCCUUUUAAUUCGUUCAAGAUUCUACAAAUAUAAGAAACUCUCCAUCAUUAAUUCACACUUGCUCCUCUAUUAGCUAUGUAGGAAGUUUAAUUUAUAAUGAGGGAAUGAGUUUAUAAUUUGCGAAUUCUUAAUCUUUAAAAUUUAUUAGGCUCAGAAUCACAUUUUAUAUUAAGGGCUUUUAGAAUAAUAAUAAAAUUUAAAUAUUUUUAGAUGGUUAAAUAUAAGGUUAAAUAAUCAAAGCAACAACUGAUUAUACUUUUGAUAGAGUAACAAAAAUCUAAAGUUCGAGUACUAAUUGCUCUACUUAUGAUUUAAUCAGAAUAGAAGCAAUUCUUCGGACUUACUCUGCUUCUCCUAAACUAAUUUUAUAAGGAGCAUUGUUAACCUAAGCAACUUCGAUCUGGGGAUUCAGAAAUAUAACCAUUGAUAAUGGUAAUUGUCAAGAAAAUUGUGCCAUUUGCGCUGAUUUUUCCACAUGUCAACAAUGUAACAGUGGUUAUGUGUUGUUUUAAAAUGGUUGUGUUGGUGUUUGUCCAGUUCAUUCUACUAAUUGCAUAGAUUAUGCAGAUAUGAUACCAAGUAAUUUAAAUUCUUAAAUUUAGACUCUCGUUACUUAGCAAAAGGAUUUUAUAAUUUAAAUAUGAGCACUUCAGAUAUAAAUAAUUUUUUUGAUUCAACUACUGCUACUGGUAGUAAUUUCAUAACAGGAUAGAAAUUUUCAAUAUUCCCAACUAAAUUUGUCUUAGGUGGUGUAAUGGUAUGGAAUAAUGCAAUAUAUUCGAAAUAAUGGUAUAUAUUUAAACCUCACUAUGCCGUUUCUAUUAGAUUUAAUGUUACAUAUGGGGAUUUAUAUGGUGGAAAUUUUUAUUACACCAUUUAAGGAGUGAAAUCAAUUGCUCAUCCAAAACCAUCAUCAGGAGGUUAAAACUUUAUUGGUAAGAAUUUAAAUGAAAUGACAAAAUAUUUUGAAAUUUUAUAGCAUCCUUUCACAUCGUCGCCAUUAAAUAUUCAGUUUGAAUGUACAAAUCCAACUUCAGAUGCAAAAAAUUCAUUUUGUGCAAUUUCUGAAUAUUUUAUCGUUGUACAUUAUGUAAAUUUUUGAUUGUAUUUUUAGUGUCUUCCAUUUUGUGAAAAUUGUAAUGAUGGGGUUUCAUGUGUUAUGUGGAAAGAUGGGCACAAUAGUUAAUAUUGCAAUACAGAUUAAUUUUUAUAUUUUGAUUCUAUUUCUGAAACCUAUAGUUGUAAAAACUGUAAUUAACCAGGAUGUUUAACUUGCAAAAAUAUAGAAGAAUGCACUUCAUGUGAUUCAUCAAGUUAAUACAAUACUUUAAUAAAUGGAGUCUGUUUACCAAUUAAUCCACCCAUAAUAAAAUGCGAUAAAUCUUGUGCAACAUGCACAGGAACUUUAAAAACUAAUUGUCAAACAUGCGUUUCAGAUUUUCAUAGAUCUUUUUCGCACAAUCAAUGUGUAUGUUAGCUUGGUUUUCAUGAAGAUGGAUUUAAUGUAGGCUGUUUUCCUGUUUGCGGUGAUCUUUUAAUUGUUAAUGGAGAAGAAUGUGAUGAUGGCAAUUACGAUCCGUAUGAUGGAUGUAAUAAUUGUAAAGCUAGUUGCGAUGAUACUUGCAAAGAAUGCUUAUAGGGAAUUUGUUUUGAUUGCCAAUAAGGAUUCUAGCUAGUAGAUAAUAGAUGUAUUGCCAUUUGUGGUGAUAAUCUUUUAGUGAAAACAGAGGAAUGUGAAGAUAGUAACUCAAUUCCAUAUGAUGGAUGUUAUAAUUGUAAAUUUUAAUGUCCAAAUCAUUGCAUUGAUUGUUAAUUCGGCAAGUGCAUAAAAUGUGAUGAGUCGAAUGGAUGGUAUCUUGAGGAUAACAUUUGCUAACCUAUUUGCGGAGAUGGUAUUAUUGCUUUUUAAUCUGAAUAAUGCGAUGACAAGAAUUAUUAAACCUUUUGUUUUUAAUGUAUGAACUAAUGUUAAGAUUCUUGCUAAUCAUGCUACAAUGGAUACUGUUAUUAAUGUGAUAUUGGAUGGGUUCUAAACACAAUUGAAAAGUAUUGUUAUCCGAUUGAUGGAGAUAGAUUAGUAGUAGGGAACGAAUAAUGUGAUGAUGGCAACAAAAUAUAGAAUGAUGGAUGCUUUUUAUCAUAAUUUGAAGAGCAGAUCUCAUGUGAGUAAGACUGGUAAGGAUAAUGUUAAAAGUGUAGAUCUGGAUUUGAGAUGAUCAAUAAUAUCUGCAAAGAAAACAAUGUAGAUGGAUUAGUAGUGGGAAUAGAAUAAUGUGAUGAUUAGAAUUUGAUUGGGUAAGAUGGCUGCUUUUAAAAUAGAUUUGAUUGCCCUUAAUUUUGUUUAAGUUGUGUUUUGGGUUAAUGUUUAUAAUGCCAUUAGACUUCGGGGUAUGGAUACCUUAAUAUAUUCAAUAACAAAUGCUAGUCAUUUUGUGGGGAUGGUAUAAAAUCUAUUGAAGAAGAUUGUGAUGAUGGGAAUGAGAUUCCUUAUGAUGGAUGUUUCGAAUGCUAACUAUAAUGUUAAGUAGUAUGCACUGAUUGUAGAUAAGGAAUAUGUUAUGAGUGCGGAGUAGAAGGUUGGCAUCUAAUUAAUAGUUAUUGCGAAUGUAGAGAAGGUUGGCAUUUAAUUAAUAAUAAUCAUUGUGAAAUAAUUUGCGGGGAUGCUGUUGUUGUUUAAGAUUUAGAAGAAUGUGAUGAUGGCAAUUACGAUCCGUAUGAUGGAUGUAAUAAUUGUAAAGCUAGUUGCGAUGAUACUUGCAAAGAAUGCUUAUAGGGAAUUUGUUUUGAUUGCCAAUAAGGAUUCUAGCUAGUAGAUAAUAGAUGUAUUGCCAUUUGUGGUGAUAAUCUUUUAGUGAAAACAGAGGAAUGUGAAGAUAGUAACUCAAUUCCAUAUGAUGGAUGUUAUAAUUGUAAAUUUUAAUGUCCAAAUCAUUGCAUUGAUUGUUAAUUCGGCAAGUGCAUAAAAUGUGAUGAGUCGAAUGGAUGGUAUCUUGAGGAUAACAUUUGCUAACCUAUUUGCGGAGAUGGUAUUAUUGCUUUUUAAUCUGAAUAAUGCGAUGACAAGAAUUAUUAAACCUUUUGUUUUUAAUGUAUGAACUAAUGUUAAGAUUCUUGCUAAUCAUGCUACAAUGGAUACUGUUAUUAAUGUGAUAUUGGAUGGGUUCUAAACACAAUUGAAAAGUAUUGUUAUCCGAUUGAUGGAGAUAGAUUAGUAGUAGGGAACGAAUAAUGUGAUGAUGGCAACAAAAUAUAGAAUGAUGGAUGCUUUUUAUCAUAAUUUGAAGAGCAGAUCUCAUGUGAGUAAGACUGGUAAGGAUAAUGUUAAAAGUGUAGAUCUGGAUUUGAGAUGAUCAAUAAUAUCUGCAAAGAAAACAAUGUAGAUGGAUUAGUAGUGGGAAUAGAAUAAUGUGAUGAUUAGAAUUUGAUUGGGUAAGAUGGCUGCUUUUAAAAUAGAUUUGAUUGCCCUUAAUUUUGUUUAAGUUGUGUUUUGGGUUAAUGUUUAUAAUGCCAUUAGACUUCGGGGUAUGGAUACCUUAAUAUAUUCAAUAACAAAUGCUAGUCAUUUUGUGGGGAUGGUAUAAAAUCUAUUGAAGAAGAUUGUGAUGAUGGGAAUGAGAUUCCUUAUGAUGGAUGUUUCGAAUGCUAACUAUAAUGUUAAGUAGUAUGCACUGAUUGUAGAUAAGGAAUAUGUUAUGAGUGCGGAGUAGAAGGUUGGCAUCUAAUUAAUAGUUAUUGCGAAUGUAGAGAAGGUUGGCAUUUAAUUAAUAAUAAUCAUUGUGAAAUAAUUUGCGGGGAUGCUGUUGUUGUUUAAGAUUUAGAAGAAUGUGAUGAUGGCAAUUACGAUCCGUAUGAUGGAUGUAAUAAUUGUAAAGCUAGUUGCGAUGAUACUUGCAAAGAAUGCUUAUAGGGAAUUUGUUUUGAUUGCCAAUAAGGAUUCUAGCUAGUAGAUAAUAGAUGUAUUGCCAUUUGUGGUGAUAAUCUUUUAGUGAAAACAGAGGAAUGUGAAGAUAGUAACUCAAUUCCAUAUGAUGGAUGUUAUAAUUGUAAAUUUUAAUGUCCAAAUCAUUGCAUUGAUUGUUAAUUCGGCAAGUGCAUAAAAUGUGAUGAGUCGAAUGGAUGGUAUCUUGAGGAUAACAUUUGCUAACCUAUUUGCGGAGAUGGUAUUAUUGCUUUUUAAUCUGAAUAAUGCGAUGACAAGAAUUAUUAAACCUUUUGUUUUUAAUGUAUGAACUAAUGUUAAGAUUCUUGCUAAUCAUGCUACAAUGGAUACUGUUAUUAAUGUGAUAUUGGAUGGGUUCUAAACACAAUUGAAAAGUAUUGUUAUCCGAUUGAUGGAGAUAGAUUAGUAGUAGGGAACGAAUAAUGUGAUGAUGGCAACAAAAUAUAGAAUGAUGGAUGCUUUUUAUCAUAAUUUGAAGAGCAGAUCUCAUGUGAGUAAGACUGGUAAGGAUAAUGUUAAAAGUGUAGAUCUGGAUUUGAGAUGAUCAAUAAUAUCUGCAAAGAAAACAAUGUAGAUGGAUUAGUAGUGGGAAUAGAAUAAUGUGAUGAUUAGAAUUUGAUUGGGUAAGAUGGCUGCUUUUAAAAUAGAUUUGAUUGCCCUUAAUUUUGUUUAAGUUGUGUUUUGGGUUAAUGUUUAUAAUGCCAUUAGACUUCGGGGUAUGGAUACCUUAAUAUAUUCAAUAACAAAUGCUAGUCAUUUUGUGGGGAUGGUAUAAAAUCUAUUGAAGAAGAUUGUGAUGAUGGGAAUGAGAUUCCUUAUGAUGGAUGUUUCGAAUGCUAACUAUAAUGUUAAGUAGUAUGCACUGAUUGUAGAUAAGGAAUAUGUUAUGAGUGCGGAGUAGAAGGUUGGCAUCUAAUUAAUAGUUAUUGCGAAUGUAGAGAAGGUUGGCAUUUAAUUAAUAAUAAUCAUUGUGAAAUAAUUUGCGGGGAUGCUGUUGUUGUUUAAGAUUUAGAAGAAUGUGAUGAUGGCAAUUACGAUCCGUAUGAUGGAUGUAAUAAUUGUAAAGCUAGUUGCGAUGAUACUUGCAAAGAAUGCUUAUAGGGAAUUUGUUUUGAUUGCCAAUAAGGAUUCUAGCUAGUAGAUAAUAGAUGUAUUGCCAUUUGUGGUGAUAAUCUUUUAGUGAAAACAGAGGAAUGUGAAGAUAGUAACUCAAUUCCAUAUGAUGGAUGUUAUAAUUGUAAAUUUUAAUGUCCAAAUCAUUGCAUUGAUUGUUAAUUCGGCAAGUGCAUAAAAUGUGAUGAGUCGAAUGGAUGGUAUCUUGAGGAUAACAUUUGCUAACCUAUUUGCGGAGAUGGUAUUAUUGCUUUUUAAUCUGAAUAAUGCGAUGACAAGAAUUAUUAAACCUUUUGUUUUUAAUGUAUGAACUAAUGUUAAGAUUCUUGCUAAUCAUGCUACAAUGGAUACUGUUAUUAAUGUGAUAUUGGAUGGGUUCUAAACACAAUUGAAAAGUAUUGUUAUCCGAUUGAUGGAGAUAGAUUAGUAGUAGGGAACGAAUAAUGUGAUGAUGGCAACAAAAUAUAGAAUGAUGGAUGCUUUUUAUCAUAAUUUGAAGAGCAGAUCUCAUGUGAGUAAGACUGGUAAGGAUAAUGUUAAAAGUGUAGAUCUGGAUUUGAGAUGAUCAAUAAUAUCUGCAAAGAAAACAAUGUAGAUGGAUUAGUAGUGGGAAUAGAAUAAUGUGAUGAUUAGAAUUUGAUUGGGUAAGAUGGCUGCUUUUAAAAUAGAUUUGAUUGCCCUUAAUUUUGUUUAAGUUGUGUUUUGGGUUAAUGUUUAUAAUGCCAUUAGACUUCGGGGUAUGGAUACCUUAAUAUAUUCAAUAACAAAUGCUAGUCAUUUUGUGGGGAUGGUAUAAAAUCUAUUGAAGAAGAUUGUGAUGAUGGGAAUGAGAUUCCUUAUGAUGGAUGUUUCGAAUGCUAACUAUAAUGUUAAGUAGUAUGCACUGAUUGUAGAUAAGGAAUAUGUUAUGAGUGCGGAGUAGAAGGUUGGCAUCUAAUUAAUAGUUAUUGCGAAUGUAGAGAAGGUUGGCAUUUAAUUAAUAAUAAUCAUUGUGAAAUAAUUUGCGGGGAUGCUGUUGUUGUUUAAGAUUUAGAAGAAUGUGAUGAUGGCAAUUACGAUCCGUAUGAUGGAUGUAAUAAUUGUAAAGCUAGUUGCGAUGAUACUUGCAAAGAAUGCUUAUAGGGAAUUUGUUUUGAUUGCCAAUAAGGAUUCUAGCUAGUAGAUAAUAGAUGUAUUGCCAUUUGUGGUGAUAAUCUUUUAGUGAAAACAGAGGAAUGUGAAGAUAGUAACUCAAUUCCAUAUGAUGGAUGUUAUAAUUGUAAAUUUUAAUGUCCAAAUCAUUGCAUUGAUUGUUAAUUCGGCAAGUGCAUAAAAUGUGAUGAGUCGAAUGGAUGGUAUCUUGAGGAUAACAUUUGCUAACCUAUUUGCGGAGAUGGUAUUAUUGCUUUUUAAUCUGAAUAAUGCGAUGACAAGAAUUAUUAAACCUUUUGUUUUUAAUGUAUGAACUAAUGUUAAGAUUCUUGCUAAUCAUGCUACAAUGGAUACUGUUAUUAAUGUGAUAUUGGAUGGGUUCUAAACACAAUUGAAAAGUAUUGUUAUCCGAUUGAUGGAGAUAGAUUAGUAGUAGGGAACGAAUAAUGUGAUGAUGGCAACAAAAUAUAGAAUGAUGGAUGCUUUUUAUCAUAAUUUGAAGAGCAGAUCUCAUGUGAGUAAGACUGGUAAGGAUAAUGUUAAAAGUGUAGAUCUGGAUUUGAGAUGAUCAAUAAUAUCUGCAAAGAAAACAAUGUAGAUGGAUUAGUAGUGGGAAUAGAAUAAUGUGAUGAUUAGAAUUUGAUUGGGUAAGAUGGCUGCUUUUAAAAUAGAUUUGAUUGCCCUUAAUUUUGUUUAAGUUGUGUUUUGGGUUAAUGUUUAUAAUGCCAUUAGACUUCGGGGUAUGGAUACCUUAAUAUAUUCAAUAACAAAUGCUAGUCAUUUUGUGGGGAUGGUAUAAAAUCUAUUGAAGAAGAUUGUGAUGAUGGGAAUGAGAUUCCUUAUGAUGGAUGUUUCGAAUGCUAAUACUCCUGUGAUUUAAAUUGUAUUGAUUGUCAAAAAGGUGUAUGUAAUGCUUGUUUAUUUGGAUUUAAUUUGAAUGAAGUUAAAAAUCGUUGUUUUAGUUUAUGUGGAGACGGAAUUAUUACUAUAGAUGAGUAAUGUGAUGACGGAGCUAAUAAAGAUUGUUUUAAUUGUUAAUUUCAAUGUUAAAAAGAAUGUCUAAGUUGUUAUUAAGGGCAAUGCUAUUAAUGUGAAGGAAUAGGAUGGGAGAUUGAUUUAAUUUAACGAAUUUGUAUAUCUACAUGCGGGGAUGGCAUAAGAGCUGGUAUAGAAUAGUGUGAUUAUGAUAAUUAAAGCGAAAUAAAUGAAUGUCAUUAAUGUCAAUUUAGCUGUUAAUAGUAAUGUACUAAAUGUAUAAUGGGAAUUUGUUAAGAGUGUAAUACUCAUGGUUGGUAGCUUUCUGAAUACCGAUGUAUUCCUUUUUGUGGAGAUCAAAUUAUAUUAGAAUAUGAAGAGUGUGAUGAUGGAAAUAUCAUACCAUAUGAUGGAUGUUUUGAAUGCAAGCUUUAAUGUUAAAUCGAAUGCACUGAAUGCAAAACUGGAAUAUGUUAUGAGUGUGGAGAAGAAGGCUGGCACUUAAUUAAUAAUCAUUGCGAAGCAAUUUGUGGGGAUGCUAUUGUUAUUAAAGAUUUAGAACAAUGUGAUGAUGGCAAUUUUAUUUAGUAUGAUGGAUGCUACCAAUGCUAAUUUUAAUGUUAAGAAAUGUGCACUCUUUGCGAAGAAGGUAUUUGUUAUGAAUGUGAAAAUUUUGGCUGGAUUAUUGAUAUUCAUGACUGUAAACCUAUUUGUGGAGAUGGAGUAAUUAUAGGUAAUGAAUAAUGUGAUGACAUGAAUAAUAAUUAAAAUGAUGGUUGUCAUUAAUGCUUAUUUGCAUGUGAUUAAUAUUGUAUAGAUUGUUAACAAGGAAUUUGUUAAUUUUGUGAGUUAGGAAGAUUUAUAGUUUAGAAUGUUUGUAUAUCUUAAUGUGGAGAUGGUGCUUAUGUAAAAUCGGUUGAAUUUUGUGAUGAUGGGAAUAGAGAAAAUGGGGAUGGUUGUGACACUUAUUGCAAUACAGAAGUUAAUUACUUAUGUUAAAAUAAAUAAGGUGAGGUCUCCAUAUGCGCUUAUUCUAAAUAACCAGAAUUCAAUAUCAAACUCUUCUCAACGUUUGCUGGAGAUUUUUAAGAUGUUUCAGUAACAUUUGAUUAGAAAAUGAAAUAUUAGAAUGAAGAUGAUGAAAAUAAAAUAUCUCCUCUAAUAAUUAUUAGUAUUUUAGAUAUGAAAGAUUCUCAAUUUGAAAUCAUCUAAUAAAUUAUUAAAUCUGAACAAAAUGAUGAAAUAAGUGACAUCACUAUUUUACUGAAAGUAAAAUUUUCUGCUCCAAUAGAGAGACCGCAAUUAAAAAUAUAAUUUUUGAAUGAUUCAUUUGUUUCAGAAUACAAUUUGCCUCUUAAGUAGUUAACUAAAACAAUUUAAUUAUUGACACCUUCAGUCCUUAGUUCAACUUAGAUAAAUUUAGCUUAAAGUACGGUAGCUUAUAAUUAAGCUGUGAUUUAUUUCUUAAUUAGUAUAUCUGGUGUUUGUCUUUUAACAGGUUCCUCUGAAAUUUUUUGGAAUCUUAUGGAUCAAUUAUAAUAUUUAUCGUACAUCAAAUAUAUAAACAUUUAAUUUCCACCAAAUCUUAAUAUUUAUUUUGAAGUUUUUAAACUAAUUAGUAUAGAACCAGUAACUUAAGCUUUAGGAAUAGAUAAUUUGCUGAAUCUUUUUUAGCAAGAGCAAAAUAAUUAAAUUAAUCAAGAUCAUAAAUUUGCAAUUGAUGAUAUAAACUCAAGAUUUCUUGAGAAUUUUAGCAGUUUCAUAUUUUGUCUGAUAUCGGCUUAUUUAGGAUACUUUUUUUUUAAGAUUACAUAUUUGUUAUUGUACCGUCUUUAACCAUAUCUACUCUUGUAAAUGAACAGGAAAAUUGCUAGUGGUUUUUAUUUAAUAAGAAAAUAAAGUUAAAAAAUUUGUAAAGAUUUUCACUAUAAUAGCAUUUUUAGAGUGAUAAUGUCAAAUGCUUACGAUAUUUCUUUUUCAAUGACGUUAUAACUUGCUUAUUUUUAGAAUAACAAUGUAAGUGAGACAAUAAAUUCUUAUAUUUCACUUGUAGUAUGUGCAAUGUAUUUAGCCAUUUCAAUUUUUAUUUUUAACAUUUUGCAAAAUUUUUCAAGUAAAAAUACAUUAAAAGCAAAGAAAAAAUAUGAAUCUUUAUUUGAAGGAAUUAGAGAUAGCAAGAAUGUUUGGAUUAUUUAAUAUAAUACAAUUUCAUUAAUCAAGAAGUUUGCUUUUAUUAGUUUGAUUGUAUUUAUGUAAACAGAAGGAAAACUUUAAACUCUUCUCAUUGCUUUAAAUUAAACUUUAUUUCUUUCUUAUUGCCUACUCAAUAAACCUUUUUAAACUAAUUCUGAGUAUUACAAAAUUGUUAUAACAGAAACAUUUGUUGUUUUCAAUACAAUCACAUUUAUUCUUUAUGAUUAUUUCAAAGAUAUCGGGUUGACCUAAAACUUUAGUAUAAAUUUAGGAUGGAUUCACAUCUCCACAUUUUCAACUAUACUAAUAAUGUCGUUAGUCAUAGAUAUUUAUUCACAGAUUAAUUUAAUGAAGCUUAAAUUAAAGAAAAUUUUUUGCAAUGAUUAAAAAAAAGACGUAAGAGCAUCAGUAACACUUUUUAUCUGA